AUGAGGUUGUUUUGGCUAUACAUUGGCCUCGGUCAUCUCACCUCCAUGGCCUACACUCAGUCAUUGUAUAUAACAGAUCUUCCUGCCUAUGCAAGUCUAGUGCCAUGUGCGGCGAGAGGGCUUUCCUAUGCGGUCCAGUACAUGACGGCCAGCAAGUGCCCUACAGACCCAGUCGCACUUCAGUCGUGCGCUUGCACGAAGGACAGUAAUUCGAAUGCCGUUGGUGCCAGCAUAGGAAGUGAAGUGCGAAGUAUGUGCGAAUCGACGGCCUCAGAUGAUGUUACAUCAGCACAAUCCGUCUUUGGUGUAUAUUGCAAUCCUGGAGCACCGGCUCCAACUCCUGCCCCAAAGGCGAGCGGUGGUGUAUCUCAAUACAUUACCGAGAUAGCUCAAUUUACAGAUCUUGCGCCCUGCGCUCAGUCUGGCGUGGCAUAUGCCGUCCAAUAUCUCACCAAUAGCUUGUGUCCGCAAGAUGCUGGGGGACUACAGAGCUGUGCUUGCACAAAAAAUCAAAAUUCUUAUGCGGCAAGCCAAUCGAUCAACAGCCAAGUUGGGUCUUACUGCGGAACCACACGUACGGCAGACAAAGCAUCAGCUCAAGCAAUGUUCGCAGGGUAUUGUGGUCUGGGAAAUGGAACAAGCGUUUUUCCUACGCCUACUUAUCUUCCAGGGGCUGUCUCGUAUUAUAUUACCGACCUGCCUCAAUAUUCUUCACUUGCAAGAUGCGCACAGUCGGCAGUGUCUUACGAGAUGUACACAUAUGCUUCCAAGCUCUGUCCCGCCGUGCCAAAAGCUCUAGUAUCUUGUGUUUGUGUGCAGGAUAACAAUUCAAAUGCUUAUAAUGCGGCUUUGUCGACCGAGGUUAAGUCUACAUGCGGGUCGACGGCAGCUGCCGAUAUUUCAAGCGCUUUAGGUGUGUUUGAAGUGUACUGCAGUGCUGGAAAGGGACUUGUGACGCCACAGGGAGUAACUGCUUCUGCGACUCUACCAGCAGAGACCAGAACCGGUGCUACAGGUACGAGGGCAACAACAGGGCCUGGCGCAACCAAUACCGGGUCAGCUGCAAAUUCUGGCAAUACGGCCUCAAAUUCGGGUGCCACUGUGACGCGUAUCCCUAUUGGCCCUAUCGUAGGGGGAGCCGUUGGGUUCAUUGCAUUAGCAGUCGCAGGCAUUCUUACUUUAUGCUGCUAUCGUCGACGGCGCAGGAACCGAGUCCCAAUCGUCGCCCCUAUCCACCAAACCUCCGCUCCAGAUACUUCAAACUUCGGCAAAUUUGAGCUCGCCAACAAUGAAAGUAGUGCUGCUUACACCAGCAACCCCGUCAUGAGAAAACAAACUCCAAUGUCGGUCCUCAAUAGACCUGUGAGCCCAAUAGAACGGAGCCCAGGACCACCGGCCUACACAACGCCUACCCCGAAUUCUAGCGAGAUGAUGGCCCCGAUGGGGCCCUAUAGAGCUGAAUUGCCACACGCCAGUCCUGCUCCAAGCAGCGCUCAAAUGUCGAAUCUUGGAGGAAGAAGUGACGUUCCGUUACAGGAAUUACCGCCUUCUCAACAGUAUCAACCAUAUGGGCAACCACAGCAGUAUCAGCCGGUUCAACAGAACCCAAGUCCAUUUGUGAGUCCUCAUCCUAGCCCGGUACCUUUCCGCAACGAAGUACCCGGGAAUGCUCCGUCUUCGAAUAUGCAGCCAAGCAGACAACCACCGGGAUGCAGCCCUCCAGCUGGGAUGAGUGGAAACAAUGCAGGUCCAUAUGAAAUGAGUGGGCAGAGGUGGUAG